AUGCCGGCACAGAUAAGCAGCAAUUCCAUAAGCACAGACACGGUGCUCACCAAUGAGUUCAUCAGUAAAUCAUCACUCUUAGAGGAAACAGAGAGGCAAAAAUCUAUUCUUGAGAAGCUGAGGAUGCAGGGAAUAAUCAAGAGUCAAAGUACCACUGCCAGAACUGUAGAAGCAUAUGAGAACUAGAGAGAUGCCCUGGGAAAGACACUGCAGAAACCCCCAGCUAGGCUGGAAAAAAAUCAGUUUGGAAAUGAGGAAGUGGGUGAUUUUACAGUGAAGGACGUGAAGCCUUCUGCUGAAGCAAAGAAACAGGUUAGGGAAGAGGAACUGAACAAAACACCACAACACAGCACAUCAUUUUUUCCCCCAGAAACUGCUCACCAAACCACAGGGAAACACACUGAAAAGGACUGCCCAGGUUUUGAAAGUCAAAGAGGUACAGACCCUCAGCCCUCACCAUUAGCUGCUGAGCCAGGGCUGCUGCUGAGGAAAAUAACUGCAGUAGACACCACAAACAAUUAUACUGAGGAGGACACUGUCACUGAGUCUAUAAUUUACAGCUGCAUCAAUGAAUCAAUCUGGAUUAGGAAGGCACAGGAUAAAGAGAUCCUGUCGGGGAUAUUAACAGAGCUCUCCUGCAAAGAUACCAUACAUAAGCUCUGGUCACAGACUCUCCUUACCAUGAAGCAGCCAGAUCUGGAGAUGUGUUUCCAGCUGAUUGACACUAUCUUGCAGAGGUUUUGA